AGAUAAUAAAUUCCAGUGUAUCACGACCGCGUUGUGUUUUUCCAUUUCGAGAGUGGUAAAUUACGAGACUCGACGCCGCAAUUUCACGUAAAUUUGUUCUUGAGUGACCGGUGCCGCCAUAUUUCGCACAACUCACCGCAGAGUUUGCACGCCUUUUCGUAAAAAUCGUUGUCACCGUUCAGUGAUUUUAUGCCACGUGUUGUGUUUUUGAUUUUAUGGCCGCAGACAUGUCUGGCUGCGGCUAGGUGACGAGUGAACUUAGCUACUCGAUAAGCCGGUAUUGGAUUUCACGUACGCUUGAAAGGUUAUUCCUGCAACGCCUUUUUUGACGAGUCAAGAGUGCCGUAUGCGGUGAUGUAUGGUAUUUAGAGUCUGUAGAGCAAGAUCUGGUGGUUAGAUGAGUUAUCAGUCGAAUGUAGCAUGCCGGGGGCAACGAACUUUUCAGGGAAUGCAUCGUCGCGCAAUCGCACUUGCGUUUGACCAUAUAAGGCGUAGUGAUCGGCAGUGCCUGUCACAUACAUACCGUGUCUAUUUUGGGGUGAAUAGGCGCGUCUGAAUACCGCAACCGGUCAAAUGUCGGUAUUAAAAGUCUCGGGGGUAUUGGCCGAGCUAUGUCAAGGUCAUUUCGUUAAAUCUAUUGACUAAAACCUAGCAGUAUCAAAGACAUAUUUGACAAGCACCUGCGACGUGUUAAAAUGAUCUGUAUGCCGAGUGAAUAAGGUCCAAUAAGAUGGCAUCACGCCAAUCCCAGUUGUAGAUAUGACUGUAUUAUAAGAUUAAUUUUGUUAUCAUUAGUAAUUUUCCUGUUGCAAAUCGUACAUUGCAAAGCCUGAAACAGUUGAAUCAUUAUCUUUAAAACCCUACUAAAUUGUCUAUCAAUAAGGAAUUUCAAAAAAAUGAUCACAUUCUAUAAUUAAGUUAUUAGUAACACAAUAUUUAAGUACUUUACAACUUCCUUGUAAAGAUUUACCCAUUAACAUCCUCAAAGCACAGGAAAAAUCAGCUUUGAGCUCAAAACUAGUGGCAACUAAUUAAUUUACCUUCAAAUUAUUAUAACUGAAGUCGUUCUUAAUUCCUUAAUCUAACCAAACUUAAGUAAUACACAGAGCAAUAAACUUAUAAAUUCAAAAAGUAUAACUGGCAGGCAAUAAAUAAAAUGCUAAUGAAUUUUUACAGUUAAAACAUAAACUUGUGACUACUACUACACAUAUGAGCAAAAAAUAACUCUAUUCAUAAAGCUUGAAUCUCAGAAGGCUUUUUGUGUGAUGGUCAUUAAACUCUUUUAAUAAUUACUUGGAAUUUUCAGCUAUGAUUUGUAAAAAGUCACUUUAACCCUGACCACACCCUUUUUACUGUGUUAUAGAACAUAUUAUUAUACAUUUUCAUGCCUAAUAAAACUUAUUAUACUAGUUAAAGAUAACAAACCUCCUAAGUCUAAGGACUUCAUUAACUUACAGCUAUGAUUUCUAUUAAUUCUAUCCAAUAACAUAAGCAAUGUUUAGUAGAAGUAUUGUAGUUAAAACUACCAGCUGCAUUUAAACUACACACAAAACUUGCAUACAUAAUACCUAGCCAUCUUUGUCAUUCCUUGGAUCAGACUGAGACAUCACUUGUUCAUGAUAAGCUCUUUAGUAAUUACUUUAUGACUUCACUAAUUAGUUUGUCAAAUAUUACUUCCAUUAGCUACCCUUUGAUUAAUUAAAGUCAGUCUGUAACAAAGUACUUUUAACUUACAAGUUAACUGUAAUUGUCUUAAAAUGAACUGGAUUUGUUGUUGUCCGUCCAUUUACAACUUAUUCUAUAGUAUACUAUAAUACCAGCCUAUAAAAAUCCCUCUGCUGCAUCUGUAUGCAGGCCUGUGCCUCUUCCCAUGUAGGGAAGUUUUGAAGUAUACAAGUCCCUAAUAAUAGUCAUAAAUUUCAUAGGUGCCCAUGGCCUCUUGUCUGUCAAUACCCACGAAAUCUUACAGUAAUCAUUAGAAGACAGUACUAAACUUCAUUUCAAUCUUAUCAACAUAGGAAUGCAUAUGUAACAAACAUUCUUUGUUAUUAUUAUAAGCACAUUGUUAUCACCAAUGCUAUUUGAACAUGGAAAUUACAUACACCUUAUGACUUUGCACAAUCGAGAUUUUUAAGAUUCACCCUCUCCUCAGUUUGUAUGUAUCUCGCGUUCCCAUGUUUGAAGGGGAGUAAGAGGUGUUCCAUCUCUGUCUAACACUUAAAAUACGUCAAUAUUGCACCCUGCAUUGAUUUUUAGUAUUACUCGCUAGGUGUCGACCUUUUUAUGCCUAAAACAUUUUAAUAGUCACGUAAAUCGAAUUAUUAAGUACAAUUACAUAAUUUUAAUCAUUAAUAAAUAUCAAAUAUGAAUGUAAUUUUUACUUGCAUUUAUGAUCUGAGUAGGUAUCACAUCGGGAUCGUGAUUUACCGAUAGAUAGACCGUUACAAAGACUCGUACGUAAAUACUUUUGAAUAUGUAGAUGUCUGAUAUAUUAUUUUUAACAUACCGAAAUAAGUGUGUAGUAACAAGAAAAAUCUUUUUUCAACUCGAAAAAUAUCUCAUUAAAUAUCUGCAUGAGUAAUAUGUUAAUCGCAUGGAAAACAGAAAGUAACUAAUGCCUGAGUCAAUUUUGAAAGAACGUUAGUCAUAACCGUGUAUUAUUUGUAAUGGUGACUAACACCUUUGACUUUGUAUUUGUUUGUAUUGAAAAAUACAAUUGUAUGGCCGCAGUACUAGUGUUCUGCGAGUAUCGAUUUAAUCUGAUGGCUGACAUUCAGUGAAGCAUUGAAUUGAACCAAAGAAGUCGUAUUUUCAUCUUUCGGAGUUCAGAUACUCGCUAUAUUGAACUUAUUUUACAACUGCUCAAAUAGACUCGUUGGUUUAAAAGCAUCUGUUACUUGGAAUACGAGCUAGUUGCAAUAAUGGCCUAUAAUAAAUCUAGAACGACGUACCAUUUCUAGAAAACUUUUAUCGGAAUCUCAAUUCAAUGACAGUGUAGUAAAGUCACCAUAUACGGUCAGUAUCGAAUACAAAAACCUCAAGACGUGAGUCAUCUCGUGAGUCACUUGACGUUCAGACCAUGCCUAAUGGCUAGACUUUCUCUGUAAGGAAUAAAAUGUGUUUCAAUAUGAUUUAAUGACAUUAUUAUGAUAAAAUCUUAUUGCUGAAAUGAAAACAGGAAUGUUUAAUGUCUGCAUUUAUUCGACUGAAUUAUGUAGCUAUUAUUGCUCGCUGCAACAUCAUAAUUCUUGCAUUCGUUUGCCAUAAUUGCAUCUUACAAUUCUCAACAAAAUAUUUACAUGCAGUCUCGUCUGUGUUUUCGUUUACAUUUAAACAACCCCCGGCCCCAUUGUGCGUCCCCUAUUCGUCGGCGCAAUUAAUGAUCCCGAGGGAUAACGGUCGUGCACGCGGGGUGUACUUGAAUACAGAGUUCUGGCUUAUCAUCCCGCAGAAAAUCGAUGCUGACAACUAAAAUGCGACCGUCUGGGGGCUUACUCUUGAUUUCAAUUCCGAUCGGUCGACAUUGGAAUUGUGACGUUUCGCACUCUUGAGUUCGAUGCCAGCGCCACAUUGGUUUGAAAUUGCGUGUUCAUUAUGGGGAACUAAUUGAAAUCGGAUUGGGCGCUAAACGGUACUCUUGAGUUUAUUUUGACAGCUGCUUAUUGCGCCAAUAUUACGGUGGGAUUGAUUGUUGAUUGUGAUUUUUCCAAUUACUAAAGAGUAACUUUUAAGAAAUUGUUUUGUGUUUUACGUGGUUUUCUUUCGAUAAAAAGUGUUUAAUAUGGCACGAUUAGCGGUAAUGUACAGUGUUUCGUUAAAUUCCCAUAAAAAACAACUGAAACAAAGACGAGAUGAGCGUCGGAUGAUGCGUUAUACGGAGAAAGCGUUUUCGAUGAAUGAAAACGAGUUUAAAGCCAAUUAUAGGGUGAGCAAGGAUUUGUUUCACGAAAUAUUCGAAAACAUAAAGCCUUUUAUGCAAUCCCCUAAGAGAAGAAGUGAUUUAUUACCAAAAUAUAAGGUUUUAGUGGCAUUGUCCUUUUAUGCUACUGGGAGUUACCAAAGGCUAGUUGGAGGCAGUUAUGGGACCCUAAUGAGUCAGCAAUCUACUUCUCGUUCUAUUCGAGAGGUAACAGCAGCUCUUAACCAUCCCUUAAUACAAAGGAAAUGGAUCAAGUUUCCUCAAACUCGUCGUGAAAGAGAUGCUGUAAAACUGAGAUUUUUUGAAAAAUUCAGUAUACCAUCUGUUAUAGGAUGCAUUGAUGGCACUCAUAUAGCCAUAAUUAGACCAUCAGAAAAUGAAGAGAGAUUUUUUAAUCGCAAACAUUUUCAUUCAAGAAAUGUUAUGAUUGUUAGUCAAUAUUUUUGGUUAUUACUGAAUUGUAAUUCAUUGCUUAUGAAAUUAGUUAAAUAUCUUUGUUUUAUAUAUUUUCAGAUAGCUGAUUCAGACUUAAGAAUACUGUCAGUAGACGCUUCAUUUGGAGGAGCAUCACAUGAUAGUUUCGUCUGGAAUCAGCAUCCUGUGAAACAACAUUUAAUUGAAUUAAAUAAUAAUGGGGAAACUGUAUUUUUACUAGGUGAUUCCGGGUAUGCCCAGAGGGAAUACAUGAUGACACCUAUUGUAGAUGCUCAUCAAGGGUCCCCUGAGGAAUAUUACACCAAGUUACACUGCACUGCACGGAAUACCGUAGAACGUACCAUUGGUGUCCUCAAAAACAGGUGGCGGUGCUUAAUCGGGCAUAGGGUUCUACAUUAUCAUCCUGAUGUAGCAGCCAAAAUAAUUAAUGCUUGUUGUGUUUUACACAACAUGUGUAUCAAUAGGAUUUAUUUUGACCAAGAUGAGAAUACAGCAGAAUAUGGGAAUGAUUACCCAACUGUAACUUCUCAAGAAUCAACUAGCAGCACAGCUGCUGAACUAAGACAAGGCAUCGAAAAGCGAAAUGUUUUAGUUCAGCAGUUGUGGGCAAGCAGAAGGUAGCCUAAAACUUUAUAAGGUUCUCAUCGUACCUUAUAAAGGUGAAGUGGUAGAAAGCUAAGUAGGUAGGUUUAUAAUAUAUUAUUAUAGGUGUAAAAGCAUUGUUUCAAACUAUUUUUGCAUGGUAGUAUUAAAAUAACAUAAGA